AUGGCUCUUCCUGCUAAAUUAUCAGACCUACCUAUUGGGUCCACCACAACACUAGGUCAAGCCAAUAUAACCACUCCACAACCCUCUACUACUACCUCUACCACAACCAACACUAGGUCAUAUCUUGAUGUUGCCACAGCCACUCCCGCCCCCAGUCAAGUACCAGUCGUUCUUUUCUCUAACUUGCCAACAUCUACAAAUUGCGUCUGGUACAAAAGUACAUCUCAUCAUUCAGUAUUCUUUACUCCACCCACUGAUUCCACCCUUACCUCUGAAUUCUGGACUGCUCUCAGAGCAAGCGUUCCUACAGCAUUCACCUUGGGAAUAUCAUUGCCUCAUUGUCAACUGCUCAUGCACGAAUUGCACCUGACCAAUUCUACAAUCUGCACCAAACUCUGCUCCAAAGGCUUUCUGGUUGGAGGCCAAACGUACUUCCCCUCUAUGGGUAUUGCCCCAGGCACAAAAAUCUUGCAUAUCUCUGUCUCUCAACUUUCAUACCUUCCUUCCCCUCUGCUUGAAGAGGCUAUCAAAACAGCCUUGGCUGCAUAUGGCACUGUCCGCAAAGUUGGUUUGCAUCUUCAUGCCAAUUUUUUUGAUGGCACUGGUUUUGCUUAUCUUGAAUGA